AUGAUGUAUAGGUCAAUGCAUCUGCCGGGAAUAUGGAAGCUAGGCCCAAAAAGCGCGCGAGGCAAGUCGCGGGAGAAUGAAAAAUUAGAAGACACUGGAAGCCCACCGUGGCCUUUUCCCCUCCUCUUUCCCCUUCUCCACACACUUCAUCUCAAAAAAAACACAUGUCGACGCUCUCCCUCCCUCAGCAGCCGCCCGCACUGCAUCUCGCCGUCGCCGCCAAACCCUAGCACCGCCGCCCCUCCAUCGACCCACCACUGCCGCGCCCCCAUCCCCUGCAUCGAUCCACCGCCGCCGCCCCUGCGUCAACCCGGCGCUGCCGCCCCUAUCCCCUGCAUCCACCCGUCGCCUUCAUCCCCUGCAUCGAGCCACCGCCGCCGAACCUGCAUCGACCCACCGGCGUCGACCCCAUCCCCUGCAUCGACCCGGCGCCGACCCCAUCCCCUCCAUCGACCCACCGCCGCCCCCAUCCCCUGCAUCGACCCACCGCCGCCGCCCCUGCGUCGACCCGGCGCUGCCGCCCCUAUCCCCUGCAUCCACCCGUCGCCUUCAUCCCCUGCAUCGAGCCACCGCCGCCGAACCUGCAUCGACCCACCGCCGUCGACCCCAUCCCCUGCAUCGACCCGGCGCCGACCCCAUCCCCUGCAUCGACCCACCGCCGCCCCCAUCCCCUGCAUCGACCCACCGCCGCCGCCCCUGCGUCGACCCGGCGCUGCCGCCCCUAUCCCCUGCAUCCACCCGUCGCCUUCAUCCCCUGCAUCGAGCCACCGCCGCCGAACCUGCAUCGACCCACCGCCGCCGACCCCAUCCCCUGCAUCGACCCGGAGCCGACCCCAUCCCCUGCAUCGACCCACCGCCGCCCCCAUCCCCUGCAUCGACCCGGCGCCGCCGCCCCUGCAUCCACCUAGCACCGCCGCCCCCAUCCUCUUCAUCCACACCGCAGGAGCAUCCCUAAUCCAGCCCGCCGCCCCUGCAUCCACCCAGAACCACCGCCCCCAUCCUCUUUAUCCACGCCACAGGAGAAUCCCCCAAUCCAGCCGGACGCACCAGCAUCACGCAAUCCAGCGCCGCCGCCCCAUCGCCUCCAUCACCCCACAUAGUUGUCCCAGUGUAUAGGCGAAGCUGAAUUAAAAAGAUCUCAGCUUUGUGGGAUAUACAUACAAAAACUUUGAUGCUGUGAAAGGAUUAAAACAUGCAGAUAUGCAAAGGAGCUCAUCACUAAAAAGGCCCUCUAUUGGUGCUAUAUUCCCCAAGAACAACGCCUCCCGAUACCCUUCGCCAUCCUCACCCCUGGUUCACCUCCUCUGCCACCUACUCGUCAACUGAUCAGCAGGAGCAGCAACAGCCUGAGAGUCGCAGAUAGAGGUUGCACCGAGUUCUGUUCUCUGUUGUCACAGGAACCAGCCUAAACCAGACUUUAAGGACAAGUUUAAGAUCUAGGUUGGGAAGUGAAGAAGGUAUCAAGCUGCAGCCAUCAAUAAUUGAACAAGUGCCACUUCCAGCUUCUGGCAAGGGUUCAAAUUUAGUACAAGCAACUCGUGAUGGACAAGAGUUGGAUGGAUCAUGCUAGGUACAACAUUAAGAUGAACACGCUUUCCACUUUAUAUAAUAUUAUCGAAGGAUUAUCUAUUGAUGAAUCAAUAAUUGUAGGCAU